AUGUCAGCGCCCAAGCAGGCCUCCAAGGCAGCAGCAGCGGCGGUGGCCCCGUCACCACCGUCUUUUCAUGUCUUCGCCGACCUUCCCGACCAUCUUCUCUGCUCCCCAGACAACUCAGUGUGGGUGUACGGGCAGUACACACUUUCCUUCCUCACCUCCGAGGCAGCCGCGCAGGCAAGGCUGGAGAGGAAGGUGCAGUGCAUGAUGCGAGAGGCGCAGCGGCACUACGACAUCAGCUGCGCCUUCUUCCACUCGCUGACGAGCGAAGAACAGAUGGCAGAGGUCCUGCGCGUCGGCAGCGGUGGCGGGGCGCUGUCGCUCCCUCCCGCCAUGACGGCGGCGACGGGGGCACCCGCCAAGAGCGACCCGAAACGUCUGACAGGUGUGCACCGCGCGUUGCGAGACGCGUGGCCGACGCGGCACGGGCCCGACAUGAGCGACGCCGCCAACGGUCUCGCCGCGCGCGAGGUGGGGGGCGCCGGUGAGGGCGAAUCGUCGGAGAACCGCUACUCGGCCGGACUCCGUGUGAACCUCGUCCUUGACAUCGUUGCAUCCCGCAAGACCCUCCGCACCGUGCCGCUGCGCAGCCGGCCGUACCGCCUCGCCGAGUACCUGUACCAGUUCGUCAUGCAGCCGGCGACCACGCAGCGGGCAGCAGCAGCAGCAGCAGGCCGGGGUGACAUGGCGCUUCAUGUGCGCUCGCUCAUUAUAGGCAUCAGUGACGCGGACACAACUCUUGUAGGCUGCCACGUUGUGUGUCCGUACCGCCACCUGAUGUCCCCUACGCCGAUGAUGAUGCGGGUGCGUCGCGCGAUCGAGAAGGCAGCGGAUCAGGAGCGAGCCCGCGCUCUCGCCGCCGCCGAAGCCGCCAACACCACCGUGAGUGGUCUCGAUACACAAUGCCAGGCGUCCUCAGCAGCAGUGGCGGCGGAGGCUCCAGCCAGCAACGCCGCCCCCUCCCCGCUAUGCAGUUUAGUGGCCAGUCAACUGGCACGCUACCGCCGUGUUGACGCGUUGUUCCCGGCACCGUACGCCCGAGUGCCGCCGCAGUCGCUGGCGCAGAUCGACCAGAGUCGGCUCAUCCUCUGCACACCCGGCACGCUGCUGGACGGCUGA